AUGCAGCAAGCUGGUUUCGAGCCGCAGGAGAUUGACCUCAUUCUUCAUUUGCGUGAGCAGGCAGACAUGCAGUUUGGCAGCCCCCCACAUAUUGCACAUGCAUUCCUCGCUUCCGGGAUCAGGCAAGGUUGUAGCCUGUCGCCCUUGCUAUGGUCUCUCUCGACAGGACUCAUAUACAAGCAAUAUGCCGCAGAGCUGGAGGCCCAUCGGCUUAAAAUAGGCACCUCCUCACUGUACGUCUUCUCUUCCUGGCUCUUCAAAGACCAGGAUGCUUUGAAGCGAGCGGUGCGGGCCAUGGGGUUUCUGAUACAUGUAUUGCGCGGGGCCGGGCUGCAACUUAGUGUUGACAAAACGGUCAUCAUGCUCACUGCGACAGGAACCAGUGUUCAGUCAGCAUUGUCGCGAUACCGUCACGAGAUCGAGGGAGUACCCCACUUCAAGGUCAUGGUUGGACAAACCCCAGUCAGUUUCAAGCUGGUACAGGAACAUACGACCAUGGACUUGGAACCGAUCUCGCACGAGGAGUUGAUGGAAGCCGCAGCGGAUCUACAGGCCUUGCAGACUGCGCCCAAGCACUCAGAGCGAGAGAGAGUCUGCACCCAGAAGUUUGGUUCCCUUACGGACACAGAGACACCCACGAAGUACAACCGCCCAGACCACAAGGGUCAGCAGCGAGGAGGGAAGGGUCGCAACCAGGAUGGGCAGAUGACCAAUCGCAGAGCACAGCCCUCCACCCCGGAGCCCACGCGGAGGUUCGAGCCAGGUCCCCGAAGCAACAAUCCCUCUGGCUCUACUCGACGACUCGAUCGCGAUCAGGAGCAGGAAUUGCUUCAGCAAAUGGCUACCGUGGUGCUCCGCCACGAGGACCAGCUCUCGAUCUUGAAGCAGAGCACAGGAAUGGUUGCAUUCCUGGGAACCGCGCCCCCGCUUACGGUGAUUCCUCUGCUGCAGCAGGUGGGGGAUCAAUGGCGCACCACCAAGGAAUCGGACCCCACGGCACUCAAGCACCCCAUCAGGCUGGUGUUGUUCCAAGCCUUCACCAUGGAAACCCCAUCCAGGAUUCAGAAGUUGGACACGUGCCCCGACUCCCACAGGGAUGCCCUCCGUCUCUCCAUCAUCACAGAGACCGGCAGGUUCCCCUAUCAGGCAUGGAAUCGCCAAACCAGGGCGUCGGAGACUGUGGACACGCAGCAGCCGCUCGAGGCCAAGGAGAUCCUUCACAUGCUCGACGAGCUCAUGAUCCUCUCGGUUCAGGAUGGAGUUCUCCCGAGAUUCCACCCGACCAGAGACUUGGCUCCUCGGAUGGAGGGGCCGACGGUGACAUGGAUGAUCGAGCUGGGACUCCGCAACCCCAAAGCUUACAGAACCUGGGAGCUGCUAGAGCGCCUCUCGGGCAACUCGGUGCUUCGGUUGGUGGCAGCGUCGCUGCGACGGGAGCGGCUGGGCCGCUCAGCAGCGGCUAAGCGGAUGGCCCAACUGCGAAGGCAGGGCACUCAGCUGAACGUUCCUUUCACCACCCAGACUGUCAGGCUCUCCGGUUGUCCCUCCGCCAGCUGCGACUUGCCAAUCGUGCAAACGAAUGCUAUGCUAAUGCAGU